ACCAUAGAAGAAACGCCACAACAAGGAAGGAGGCGACAAAUGGCUUGUCAACGGUGGACGCCGGACCGGGGACGAUGUCUCAAAACUUACGCUGUCGUUCUCCUUUUGUGUACGGACAUUGUAUUACAGUGUGUCAACGGAUACCUGAGCUCCCCUCACGUUGACCAGGAGCCUCCCUACACCAGAGACGCCCAGCAUGGCCCGGUUAUCACCAGCCCGGUGGUACCUGCUGCAGCCUCGGUCUCUCCCACUGAUGACGAGAGCUACGCCUCUAAAUGUCCCAGCGGGGGCUCGUGCAGCCGCUUGCCAGCUGAUUGCAUGCAUUGCAAUUACCAGCACAACUGCACCUACGGGAAACCAGCGUCUUUCACCUGCAAAGCCAAAAACGGGGUUCACUGUGUGGGCGAGUCGGGCCAGCAGCAGAACAACUUCUCCUUGUCCAUCAUCUGUCAGUUCUGCUGGCAGCUGGAUCCGUCUCAGUACCGCUGCUCCAACUCCACCACUUGCAUGACGGUGGCCUGCCCCCGACAGCGCUACAAUGCCACCUGCGACGUCCUGGACCAUGUGCACUGUUUAGGUAAAAGACGUUUUCAGAAGCGGUUAUUUUGCAACUGGACUGGAGGGUACAAGUGGUCCACAGCGUUGGCCCUCAGGACUGACGAUCUUCUUCCCAACCUCAUGUUCUUCGCGCACCCCAGCGCGCCCAUCCCAUCUGCUACCAGUCAGGAGGUGUUUUCCUCCUCACCAUGCCCACACAAGCGCCGGAUCGAUCCCAGUCACAGCCGCCGUCUCCUGGUGAGAGUGUGCAGAUGGAGCGGCGCGCCGCCGGCGAGAACCUGCAAUUACGCCCUGGUGGGAUUCACUCCGAUAGCGUCGACUAGCGGCAGAGUGCACUUCCACUUCUUUCCUUCGACUUUACGGUAGAUAAGUGGGGCUUUGAUGGAAACCAUGGCUGUAGAUGAAGUAGGAGAGUGUUGCAUGUUCUGUAAUAAAGCAGCUCAGGCCACAACUGUAAGAACAUUACACCAAAUCUGUGUUAAGAUCAACAGAUUUGUACACUCGGCACAUGUAAAUAUCAUACGUCUGUCAUUCAGAUUCACCAGAAGUUAUCCAGAAUGUUGGGUUCAAGCUGGAUGGGUAAUAGAUGUCAUCGGCAACGCCAUCAUCUCUCACUGUGCAUGCAUAUUUUUACACAACACUACUGUCGCACAAGUACCUGCAGGUAAGCGACCGAUGCCAUCAUAGGAUUUGACAGGAAGUGACAUUCAGAGCACCAACUCGCUCUCACUACAUGUUUCUUUCCUGUGUGGCUAGUACAGGUGGAAUUAAUGGUUGGAACGUGCAUUUCAUUUUUAUUUUUUUGGAAACACUGUAAGUGACGUUGUUUUGAGUUAUUUAAAUAAAAAUGUGGAAAAAUAUUUCGGGUUAAAUGGAUGUUUUGAAUUUGUAUUAUCUUCACGAGUUGCAAAAUAAGGGGGUCCAAAGUGCAGCACAGCUUGCAGCUUAUUUUGACUGACCCUCUGCAUAUUGUAACAAUAAAGUGAAUUUAUGAUUGAGAUACAUUAUUAGACAUUACAGUAAUUCUCUGUGUCACCUUUUGUAACUUAGCAUAAUAUUGACUUACAUUGGUUUGGUUUUAGCAUAUUUAAUUCACAAACUGAAUGAAAGUGGGCCCCCCGCACUUUUUAAAAUUUUUCUGUAUGCGUCCCUUGGUGGAAAACGUUUGGACACCCCAGUUUCAUGUAGUCAUCCCUCGCCACUUCACGCUUUGACGUUCACGGCGUCACACUAUCAAGGUUUUUAAAAAUAUAUUCAUUUUAAAAAUAAUUGUGGUUGACUAUAGCCUAUUAGUUUAAAAAAAUUGCAUAUUUAGGCAAACUGUAUGUAUUUUUGGCCUUGUGUUUUCCAGCAUAAAAAUGGCUAAAUGAACUAAAAUGAAAAUAUAAGGUAUUCAGAAGACAUUCAACAACAAAGGCCUGGGUACGCGUGUCUGUGUAGCAUCGUCAUUGAAAAAGUUGCAGUAUUUUCACAGGUGAGUAGUUGUGUGUAAGAACUGUGCGUGUCAUUAUAAUGUACAAGUAAGCAAGUAUUAUUAUACAAGUGUGUAGUAACUAUUGAAUAAAACAAACCAUCGGCUAAGGUUGUGUGUGCUUUAUACUCAUAUGUAGUAUUCCACACUGAUCACUAGGUGUCAGUAAUGGUACAUUGAGAUGAUAGCCACCACAGGACCUAUUCAGUGAUUCAAUGCUACUCUGACGAUGCUAACGUGUGAGUCUACAUUAUGUCUUAUUUCUGUCUUAUUUUCUCUCAUGUCUGCUAUAUUGGGUAAUAUGAGUGGAAAGGUGAUUAUAGCGGUGUUAUUUCAUGUCUAGAGAGCUUUAAUGUUAAAACAUGUAUUUAAACAUGUUUUCUAUGCUCUCACUCUGAAAAUGUUCCUUUUAUAAGUAAGGAAUCCUACUUCACCGAAAUUCACUUAUCACAGUUGGGUCUGUAACCAAAUAGUCAUGAUAAAGGAGGGGUUAGUGUACAUUUGAAAACAUUGACACCUGUAAAUAUGUACAGUAUGUGUGAUAUCAUUUGUUUAUAGCACCCCUACUGGGAAGCUAACACACAGGUCACCAACUGAGCCUUUAUUUUCAGCCAAAAAGAGAAAUACAUUAAAAUAAUAAUGUGAUAUUCAUUGCGUUGGUGCGGAAAUGUUGAGUAGCUUUUGCGUAGAGCAGGCGUCAGCUUUACAGAUGCCAUGUCGUCACGAGUCUGCGGCCUUGUGAUAGGAAUUUCAAAGUCUUAUUAUUAGCUGAGGUCUUCGUCGUUCACCACAGCGAACGACACCUGAAGCACGGCAAGACAACACCGUCUUCCCAAACAAGCGUCCUGUCUUUAGAAGCCUCCGAGCAUGACGUUGCAUAACUAGCAAGAAGGGGAGGGGGACACACACACAUACCAAAAAGCAGUUUCUUCCAAUUGGCCGCUUUGCUCAGGCCACAAUACUCCACCCUCGUUCUACUUCCUCAAGCUUGACACUGCUGGCUGAAGGCCAAACAUAACCACUCCCCCACCUCCGUCUGAUGCAAUUGUUGGCCCUGACUAAACUGAGGAAACGUUAACCUUCAUUUCUUGACUUCUGAUGAACCGUGAGCUGUGCAUGAUAGAUAGAUGCAGUAGAGCACAUGUGUCAAACUGGU